AUGGACACGCACAUUGACGCAGCUCACAAUGGGCCAUUAAACGUGCUACAGAAAACAGGCCCAGCAUCUUUAAAUACGAUCGUUGGAGCUCUAGUACCCGCGACCCUCGUCGCAGCGGCCUACGUCUGCGGCUUCCUCACAAUUCGAGGCACAUUCAGAAGUCAAUAUGCUCCCAGAACCUUCAGUCAAAUUAUACCUGAGAAAGACCGGACACCAUCAACAUCGACGUCUGGGUCGAAAUGGUUCAAGGAUUACCGCCAACUCGAUGAUACCUUUGUCCUUCGACAUCAUUCCUUCGACGCCUUUCUAUUCCUCCGCUUUUUCAGAAUGCUUGUUCUGAUCUCUGUUGUUGGUGCUGUUCUGACAUGGCCGACCUUAUUACCACUGAACGCCAAUGGUGGCGGCGGAGCAACAGAACUCGACAGACUGGCCUUCAACAACAUCGUCGAUCCAAAGUACUGCUGGGGUACGGUAGUGGUCGCUGUCAUUUUUCUUACCUUUGUGAUACUGAUUGUGAACCGUGAACGACUCUUCAUCAUCAACAUGAAGCAAACCUACAUCACAACUAAAGCGAGUGCCGAGCGGUUGUCAGCGCGCGUCGUACUCUUUCUGUCAGUCCCACCGGAAAUCAUGAACAGAGACGACUUCGGAGGUGUAUUCGGAGAGGGAAUCAGGCGAACCUGGAAGGUCUCCAAGCUCAACGAUUUGAAGAAACUCGUUGAUGACAGAAAUCAAAAAGUCUAUGAUCUGGAAUCAGCAGAGAUCACGUUAGCUCAAAACGUCUUGAAGCAGCAAAACAAGAUACAAAGCAAUGGUCAGACUAAUGGAGGUUCCCUGGAACGUGGCGAUGCAUCCGUCGAUCAUCCGCAAAAUCGACCCGUCCAUCGACAACCAGUUCUAGUAGGGAAGAAGCUUGACAGUAUCGACCAUAUCCUUAGUGCUGUUCCAGAUCUUACUCAGAAAAUCGACCAUUUACGAGAGAAAUAUACUUCUGACUCUACACGGCAUACAGGUGCAUUGUUUGUUGAGUUCAAAGAUCAAGUCGAAGCGUAUCGAGCUUUCCAACAAAUACAGCAUCACGAUCCUUUGUCUCUCCAACCGCGCUUCAUUGGGGUAAGUCCUAGUAAUGUCAAAUGGUCGAGCUUAGCCCUCGACCCAGCGCUGCGCAUCACAUACAGUCAUACAGCCAUUGCUCUCAUCAUUGCCAUCACAAUAUUCUGGUCGAUCCCCGUUGGUCUUGUGGCAACCAUUACAAACAUUGAAUAUCUGGCAAACAAUUUUAAGUGGUUGUCAUGGAUCAAUCGUCUUCCAGAUUGGCUAGUUGGGUUGAUUUCUGGGUACUUGCCACCAACAGCAUUGUCUUUUCUGGUCUCGAUGGUUCCAUACUGGUUCCGUGACAUCGCAGAGCUCAGUGGUGAGCCUACUGCCCAAGCUGCCGAAGAGAUGACGCAGCGAUGGUUCUUCGUUUUUCAGUUCCUUCAGGUAUUUCUUGUCACCACCUUGUCCUCCGGAGCAGCCACAAUUGUGAGGAGAGUUGGUGAGGAACCUAGCAAAAUACCAACUUUCUUGGCCAACAAUCUCCCGAAGUCAGCCAACUUCUAUCUGACAUACUUCACCUUACAAGGACUGAGCACGUCAGCUAGCUUGCUAAUCAAGUACUCCGACACUUUUCAGUACGUGUUCUACAAGAAGCUUACGAACACUCCACGUCAAAGAUACGAGCAAGAGACCAAGAUGAAAGGUCUAUUCUACGGGUACCAAUAUCCCAAAUUCACAAAUUUAGCAGUCAUCGCCAUCGUCUACUCCUGCAUCGCACCUCUAGUCCUAGGCUUCGCAGCCAUUGGCUUCACUCUAUUCUACGCUGCUUACCGCUACUUGAUGCUUUACACCAACAACGUCAGACUCGAAAUGCGCGGCUCCUGCCACACUCGAGCUCUUCAACAGCUCUUGACUGGCGUCUACGUUUCCGAGCUCUGUCUCAUUGGCCUCUUCGGCGCACGUGGUGCAAAAGGUCCUAGCACUAUCAUGAUCAUCUUCUUCGUCCUCACCAUUCUACAUCACUACACCGUCAACAAGUACCUGUCACCCCUCGAGGAAAGAGUACCAUUGGAUAUUCUCCAAGCCGCCGAGGCACGCAACCACGAAAGCAACGACGACAACAACAAUGGUGGCCCCGAAGCCAACACCACAGGUGAAGGCGACGCCGAAGAACCGCUCCUCUCCUCUACCGAAUCCCGCGACGCCCGUUUAAUCCACCAUCAGAACCUCUCAGUCUCUCAAUCCCUCCCACCCCGCCUCCUAGAUCCACUCAAAAGCAUCCUCGAGAACUACAGUAUCCUCCCUUCAAUCGCUGUGCUAAGGCCAUACAUCCUCCCCUCCAACGCCUCGAAUGUCGACUUACGCGAGUCAAGUCUUACCACAGUGACGAAAUACACUGAUGCGCAGAUAAAGAACGCCUAUCUACAUCCUGCGCUUACGUCGAAGCCGCCGCUGGUCUGGCUGGCUAAAGAUCCAGCGGGUGUGAGCGAAGAGUUCAAGAGACGGAACAAGGAACGUGCGGACCUUGAGACGAGUGAUGAAGCUGCGGAGCUGGAUGAGCAGGGGAACCUGCAUUGGGAUGAGAGUGAUCUGAGCAAGGCGCCGAUUUUCAAGUUACCGACUCGGUAUUAG